AUGCAAAAAUAUAUUUUGUGCGAUAAAAGUAAUCAAUCCUAAUUAUCACUCAAUUUAUCAAAGAGCCAAUAAAAAUUAGUCUGCAAAUCAAUUCAUGAUUAAAUUAAAGAGAGAACUUAAUCCAAAGAAACAACUCAUAGAAGUAUUCAAAACAACUAAUUAUCUUAAAGAGUAAAAUAAUCAGGAUCUUUGAGUUCAGUUAUUGCUAAUUUCUUUGGUCCAUCUGAAUAGAAGAAAAGAUCUAAUGAAGUAAGUGAAAAUAUUGAAAAGUCUAAAAUUUUGGUUAUUAAAGAACUCAAAAAUUAAUUAGAUUAAAAAGAUGAAUAAAUUAAGAUGUUAACAUAAUAAUUGUAAUCUAAUAAAUUUGGAUAGACUUAUUGUGGAAAAUGCAAUAAUAUAAAAGAAAAAUUUUAGAAAUUAUAAUCAUCCAUUAAUUAACAAUAUAAUUUGUUUAUGUAGGAGUUUAAAACAAAUAUAGAAAAUGAAGAGGAUUUUGAAAAUGAAGAUUUAAUAAUAAAAAAUAAAUAAUAGAAUGGAAUAGAAUCUAAUACAUCAUAAUAUAAGUAAUCUAUGAAUACAUUAAAAUCAUUUAUUGAGAAACUUAACAAUCAAUAUAUUGAAGUUGAUGAUCGUUCUAAUUCAUUAUUAAAUGCAAUGAAAAUAGAAAAAUAGGAAUUAUAAUAGAAAGUAGUUUAAUUGGAACAAAAAGUUAAAGAAUUACAAACUAAUGAGUAAAUAAUGCAAAAAAAAUUAGAAUAGUUGUAAAAUCCUUAUUAAAAAUACAAGAAUUAAUUGUAAUAAAGUGCUUCAUUAACAAAAUUGAAGUAUAUAUAUGAUUUAAUUUUUAAGUCCAGAUAUUGAAUGUCAUGUUAAUGUUGAAAAGAUUCUCAAUGUAGGAUAACCAUACUUAAGAACAAGAUAUAUUAGUUAAAAAGAGAAUAAAAAUAAUUAGAUGAGUUUGUUUUGA